AUGGUCGGCGAGGGCGUGCUGUACUGCCUGCAGUCCCCGCUGUGGGGGCGCGGUGGGGGCCCGGGCGCGGCCGAGGGCAGCAUCAACGCCGGCGGCUGCAACUUCAACUCCUUCCUGCGGCGCACCGUCCGGUUUGUGGGCGUCCACGUGUUCGGCCUGUGUGCCACGGCCUUGGUGACCGACGUCAUCCAGCUGGCCACAGGCUACCACACGCCGUUCUUCCUGACGGUCUGCAAGCCCAACUACACGCUGCUGGGCACGUCCUGCGAGGCCAACCCCUACAUCACGCAGGACAUCUGCGCUGGCCAGGACGCCCACGCCAUCCUGUCCGCACGGAAGACCUUCCCGUCGCAGCACGCCACCCUGUCCGCCUUCGCCGCCGUCUACGUGUCGAUGUACUUCAACUCGGUCAUCUCGGACACCACGAAGCUGCUGAAGCCCAUCCUGGUGUUCGCCUUUGCCAUCGCCGCGGGCAUCUGCGGCCUCACCCAGAUCACGCAGUACCGCAGCCACCCCGUGGACGUCUACGCCGGCUUCCUGAUCGGGGCCGGCAUCGCCGCCUACCUGGCCUGCCACGCAGUGGGCAACUUCAAGGCACCGCCCGCAGAGAAGCCAGCGGCCCCGGCGCCCAGCAAGGACGCGCUCCGGGCGCUGACCCAGAGAGGCCACGACUCCGUGUACCAGCAGAGCAAGUCUGCCAGCACCGACGAGCUGGGCCCGCCCGGCCGGCUGGAGGGCGCGCCUCGGCCCGUGGCGCGGGACAAGGCCUCUCUGGGCAGCCUGAAGCGGGCCAGCGUGGACGUGGACCUGCUGGCUCCCCGCAGCCCCAUGGGCAAGGAGAGCAUGGUGACCUUCAGCCACACCCUGCCCCGGGUCAGCACCCCGUCGCUGGACGACCCGGCCCGCCGCCACAUGACCAUCCACGUGCCCCUGGACGCCUCGCGCUCCAAGCAGCUCAUCACCGAGUGGAAGCAGAAGUCCCUGGAGGGCCGCAGCCUGGGGCUGCCCGACGAGGCCAGCCCUGGGCACCUCCGGGCACCCUCAGAGCCCAUGGCGGAGGAGGAGGAAGAGGAGGAGGAGGAGGACGACGAAGAAGAGGACGAGGAGGACGAGGAGGGCGAGGAAGGGGGCCCCGCCCCCCCGUCGCUCUACCCCACAGUCCAGGCUCGGCCGGGGCUCGGGCCUCGGGUCCUCCUGCCCCCGCGGCCCGGGCCGCAGCCCCUGGUGCACAUCCCCGAGGAGGGGGUGCAGGCCGGGGCCGGGCUGUCGCCCAAAAGCAGUGCAGCCGUGCGGGCCAAGUGGCUCAUGAUUGCCGAGAAGAGCGGGGCCGGCGCGGCCGGGGCCGCCCCCACGCAGCCCCGACUGGCCAACCCGCCCAGGCUGCUGCAGGUGAUCGCCAUGUCCAAGGCGCAGGGCCCCAAGGCGUCCGAGACGGCCUCGUCGUCCAGCGCCAGCUCCGACUCCUCCCAGUACAGGUCUCCCUCGGACCGCGACUCGGCCAGCAUCGUCACCAUCGACGCCCACGCGCCCCACCACCCCGUUGUCCACCUCUCGGCAGGGAACGGGCCUUGGGAAUGGAAGGUGGCCGGCGGCGGGGCCAAGGGGGCCGAGGGCGAGGGCGGCUGUGAGCUGGGGGACCUGGCCCGAGGCUUCCGUGUCGGCCCCAAGCCGCUGGGCGUGUCCCCAGGCUCCUCCAUGAGUGACAUGGACCAGGAGGAGCCACGGUUUGGGGCAGUGGCCACUGUCAACCUGGCCACGGGGGAGGGGCUGCCCCCGCUGGGCCCAGCUGACGGGACCCUGGGGCCAGGCAGCCGGGAGUCCACGCUUCGGCGCCAAGCGGGCGGCCUGGCGCAGGGCGAGUGGGAGACGGGCGAGGCCGAGGCCGAGAGCUACUACCGCAAGAUGCAGGCAGCGCGCAGGCUCAAGGACUGAGGGCCGGCGGGAGGGGGUGUGCGGGGCAGACCUUGGCACCUGUGAGCCAUUCGGGGACUGGCAUGGGGGGCAGCAUGGGGCACAGGCGGCG